GAGAGAGAGAGUUGGAAUGAUGGGGCGAACUCUCAAGAGCGCGAUUCGUUGUGUACAGACGGCGGCCGAGUGCCCUCGCCUCACCAAACUCUCACUUCACGCUCCUAAAUCAGUGGAGGUGGAAUUUGAUAACGGCAGUGCAUAUAAUCUGUCAGCUGAAUACUUGCGAGUAUAUAGCCCUGCAGUUGACAGUAAGAUCAGAUCAGUUGGAGGAGAAAAGGUUAUAGCUGGGAGGCGUGAUGUUGGGAUCAUGUCUGCAGAACCUGUGGGAAACUAUGGAGUGAGAUUACUUUUCGAUGACUUGCAUAAAACAGGGAUCUUCACAUGGGAUUAUUUUUAUUAUCUUGGUAGCAACAAGUUUUCGCUCAUGAGAAACUACAUCGGAACGCUAAAGAAACACGGUCUUAGUCGUGACCCAAGAACAAGGAAGUGAAUUUUGUAGCCUUUCAAGAACUACUUUAUGCUGAUUGGUUUUGUUUUGAGGAAGCCAGAUGAAUUGAAAUAUUGUCUUACUGAAAAAAGGAACUCAUCCACUUCUUACUUGUUUUUCCUCAAUCCAGUUCAUUACAUGCAUCUUCAUCACUAAGGAUCUUGAUUAUUGCACUCUUUGAGUUGAAUUUGGAGUAUCUUUAGAUUGUUAUAUGCUGGAAAAUUUUGAAGGAGAAGAUCGACUGAGGCCCUUCAAAGAUAUGAUGUUCGUUCUUUUCUAUUAUCAUGACGAAUUGUCCAAAUCAAUAUUCAAGAUGCUGAGUUUCAGAGUUUUUGAUCUGCUGGAGGUGAAGACUUUUUUUUUUUUUACAUUUUAGAUUUCAUCAAUGUGGACGGUCUCAAUUAAUUUAUGGAAGUAUCCUUUGAGGAUCCAGGUAAUCACUUCAUAUAAAUGCGCCUUGUAUAGUUUGAUUUUAAAUGUUGGGGAAUCCAAAUUCAUUAUUUUUGAAUAACACGUCAUAUUAAUGCCACAAUUUUAAGGCAAUGCAGCUAAUGAGAUUUUACAAUUUAUUUAUU